AUGUUAGCCAAAGUCUUCAUAGUUUUUCUGUUGGCAGUGACGCUCCUAGCCAGUCCUACGCGUCCCAAGGGAAAGCUGGCCAAGCGCAAACUGCCAAAGAUCGACGCAAGAUACUUCCCCGGCAUACGGAAACGGCAGGUCGAAGAUGGGUUCCGCGAUGCCUUGAAAUUGGCCAACGCCAUGAGUGAUCCCCCCAAAUCGGCAGCCAACAACAUCUUUAAACUCUGGUUCAACGAGAUUGACUGGGAUAACGUCCAGAGGUCAUUUGAUACCAUCCUCGGCGGCGCAAAGGGACAGCCAGGUCGAAAUCUCAGGGAAGGAAAUCCGAUCCUGGCCAAUAUCCUAGUGGUAAAUGAACACCAACGACCGAGCGCCUGUCGAGCAACCAACUUCGGCUCUCAGAUCCUUGCCACCAUGGUUAACGGACACACCCAGACGCCUACGAUGGUCAUUUGCGACGCCGCCUUUUACAAUGGCGGCAUUGAUAAAUCCUACGGCUGCGAUGAGCAUGACACAUCCCAAGAUCUCUGCAUGGGCUGUGUCCCUGCCGUUACAUGUCAAUCUGUCGGCCAGAGCCGAGUUUCCCUGGCAAUGCUCACGCUGGGGUCUACCAUCCUUCAUGAGCUGACGCACUGGAAGGAGCUGAUGCCAAACGGGAAGACGGAUGAUCUGACGACGACGAUGAAAGAGGCGCGCUAUGGAAAUAGUAAGCUAGGUGGUGACAAGGCGAAUGCAAUCCACAAUGCCCAGAGCUAUCAGUGGUUUGCGAAUCAGAUGUACUGGUCCUGGGAGUGCGAGGUGGAUUUCGGCAAUCCGCAGUGA